AUCUGUCUUAUCGUUUGGUUGGCUACUGUAAACGUACCACAUACUCGCUAAUCAUAGUAUGUCAUUAAUGUUGUGACGUGUAUAUUUUUUUUAUUUGAUCAAACUCGGAGUAUUAAACGCUCGUAAAAUAUUAGUGCGAUUAUAAAAAUACUUUUAGAUAUAAUAAAAUGAUGCAAGAUGAGGAUCUCGGCGGUCCUGCGAAACGGAGUACUGUGUUCCAAGUUGCUAAGAGGAUAUCACAGAUAUAUCAAAGCUACCUGGAUUUGUGGACUCCACAUGUUUUCACCAGAUGGCUAUUUGCUGGAGCUCUAUUAGUCAUAUUUGUUCUACGUAUUCUUUUAUCGCAAGGAUGGUAUAUUAUUAUAUACGCCCUUGGAAUCUAUCACCUUAAUUUAUUUAUAGGUUUUCUAACGCCAAAAAGUGAUCCAGCAAUGGAGUUUGAUGAUGGAGAUGGUCCGGAACUGCCGACUAAAGCUAAUGAAGAAUUCAAACCUUUCAUGAGACGCUUACCAGAAUUUAAAUUUUGGUAUUCAGUCACCAAGUCAACUGUUAUUGCUUUAAUAUGUACGAUGUUUAAUGUUUUCAACAUUCCUGUCUUUUGGCCCAUCUUAGUGAUGUAUUUCAUUACAUUAUUCUGUAUAACGAUGAAACGGCAAAUAAAGCAUAUGAUCAAGUAUCGUUAUCUACCAUUUACUCAUGGUAAACCAAAAUACCAAAAUCAUGAAAAUAAUGUAAGGAUAAUGAGUAAAUGAGGAUCAAUUUUAAAUAUAAAAAGUAUAUUCGUUGAUUGAAAGUGCGUAAAUGUGUGUAGGAUUGAUUUAUUGAUUAAUUUAAAUUGUUUAUAAAUAAUAAGAAGAAACAGUUGGAAUGAAAAAACUAUGCCUGGUCAUAUGUAAGUAAUAAUAUUCGUUCUAAUUAUUUUUUGCGUCUUGAUAAUAUAUGACUUUGAUAAUCACAUAAAAACUGCGAAAAAACGAGUUAUAAAGGAAAAGUUAAAGCGAAUGUAACAAGAAUAUAAAAUUUAAUCUCCAUUUGUAAUAAUUAAUUAAGAUUAUGCUCAUGUAUAAACAUGUCUUGUCCACAUUUGUAUCAUAAAUCUUGUACAAAGAAUCAUUUGCAGUCGUGCACAUCAAUCUUUAAAAUGAACUAUAAUAAUAAUAAUAACAAUAGUAAUAAUAAGAAUAAACAAAUUGAUUCAUUAA